AUGGAACCCCCGUCCGACUUCCGGGCCUACCCCUUCCUGACCCCAGAAGAGUUCACCGAAGCCUGCCAUCACCUCGACCGGCGCUACUGCCAGGCGACGCUCGGCCCGCUGCGCAGACAGUGGAAACUACGCGUGGGUACGGCGCUCAACGCCACCGCCGCGUUCACCCUUGGCCCGGAGUACAGCACCUACCUGCAGAUAAUCCGACCGCUGGAGGGCGAGUUGGACGAUGGUGGGCUGACGGGCGUCUUGGAUGAGUUUUCUUUUGAUGGUGGGGAUGGGAAUGGGAUGGAGCUGGGGGAGCGCGAACGGGAUAGGGAGAUGGUUGAGGCGGAGGAAGCGGAUCAGCAGGAGCACCCGCAGAAACACGACCCCUUCCGAGCGGGAUAUGUUAGAUAUGAGAUCCACCUGCACCCGGUCUACCAGGCCCCCUGUCUGUGGUUCAGCCUGCACGAUCUGCCGGCCGGCGAGCAGGAGCAGGCGCUGCACAUCGACACGGUCUUCCGGCGGCUUGUACCGGAGCAGUUCAAGGCGGGCUUGCGAGCGAGCGUUGGGAGGAUCGGGGGUAUUUCAGUCGACCACCACCCAGUUACAGGCGUCCCCUGCUUCUUUGUCCAUCCCUGCCUCCUUGGUGAGGCCAUGGAGCGGUUUGACUGCUCCAAGGAGAACUACCUGAUGGUGUGGCUCGGCCUGGUGGGAGGCUGUGUCGGGCUGUGGGUACCGGCAGAGAUGGUGCUCAAAUCGUGA